AUGAUGGCAGCAUGUAGGAAAAGAGAGGUGACCAGUGCGAGACAUGCAGGGACCUUUCUGCCAUCCCUGUUUGCCAACAACAUCAGCCAGGCCAGCACCAAAGACCACCCAACUACCACUACCAAGCCCAAUAACUCCUACCAGUCAAUCAUUAUGCCACCAGCCUUCACAGAGUGUCAUAUCAAUCUUGGCCAUGAUACUGGUCAAACAGAUGAUGAAAAACCAAAUCAACCUCUUCAAGAAUCACAAACAUCUCACAAUCCCCAGGGCCAUGAGCCAGAUCUACUAGAAGUGGCUACUGAUAGAGUCCCUUCUAGUGCACUGCUGUAUUCUUCAUCCCAGCCAACACUGGACACAUCCCCCUCUUCAUCAUCCUCUUCUACCCAUGCUAUUAUGGGGAUGGAUCCAUUGACCAGUCAGGAGGUGACCAGUGGUCUGCUACAGACAGAAAGUGAGUUGGAUGUUGGAAACAUUUCUGACAGAGAUUAUUCUGAUGUCAAAGUUUGUGUACCUGAUACCCUUGGCGCUGAAACAGUUGUAGAAACCAGUUCAUUAGAUGGGAAAUUUUUAAAUGCCUCGCUGCCAACCAAGCGGGUUUCUCAGGCUGUUUUGGCAUCAAAAGGGAACAUAGAUACCAAUUAUCUUAUGUUGGAAGAGGAUGGUAAGCCAGGCAGCAAAGUCAUCCAGGCUGAAGACUUGGUUGAAAUUUUUGAGACACAAACAUUGCAAGCAUUCUUGGCUCAAAAAGAUUCUGCAAUUACUUCUCACUCCAAUUCCACUGAAAAAAACAGUUUAAACUAUGUUGGUGGAGAAGCUCCAAUGACGAAAGGUAUGUCUAUUGUUUACGUUGGAGAUGAAGGUAUGCAGCUUGUACCAACAGAUACAAUUGAAGAAGAAGAAGAAGAAGAAGAAUGCAAUUUGCCUUCAAAAGAUGUGAUGAAACGAGAACGAGACAGAAUUAAAAAAAGAGAACAAAGGGCCAAUCCUAUGUACAGAGAAAAAGAAAAGGAGAAAGCCAAGGCACGUAUGCGAAUGAUGCGGGCUGACCCAAACUAUCGAGAACGGGAGAGGCGACGUGACCGUAUCCGUCGAAAGAUUUCUCGUCAGCAAAACAACGAGCUGCGUCAGAAGGAAAAAGACAGAGACAAAGAAUAUAAACGUCUACAUCGCAACCUUCCAUUGAAUAGUGUUAUGACUGAAGUAGAGAUAGGGACAAAUGAUGAUAGUGGGAUGGGGACCAGCGCCAGCAUUGGCACAAGCAUUGGAUCCGGUGGCACAAAGACGGUUUUGGAGCUUCACCCUCAGCACUUUGCCUUACGACACUCUGUGCUGGCGUCGGAUGUUGCGCAGCUUGGUGGUAUGGAUGACGGGGGCAAGGUGGUCGGUCAUGUUUCAGAUGGCAGCAUUGGUCCGGCCGACUUGAACUGCAUGACACUAAGUGAUGCCAGGGCAGAGGCUGUCCUCACCUGCCCGGUCACUCUACAAUACACACUGACCACAGAUGGACACCGGAUCAUGACGUGA